AUGGAAUCUGGCACCGCGUGGCAGCGGCUCUACCAGCUGCGCCGCCUGAAGAGCGACAUCUCUCCAAUUUGGGAAGAGGCUUUUGGACAGGCGUAUUCCAACCACCGCAAAGUAGCUGAAGAUGGCGAGACGCGGGAGGAGACUCUGCUGCAAGAGUCGGCGUCGAAGGAAUCGUAUUACCUCAGCAAGAUCCUGGAGCUUCAGACGGAGAUGAAGCAAGCCAGGACCCUGGUGCUCAACACACAGUCUGAGAACGAACGGCUCAACGCACUCUCCCUCGACCUGAAGGAGAAUAAUGAAACGCUGGAUCUGCAGCGAAUACGAAUGAAGGAUGAGAUCCGUGAGUACAAAUUCCGCGAGAGCCGGCUCCUGCAGGACUACACGGAGCUGGAGGAGGAGAACAUCACCCUGCAAAAGCUGGUCUCAACCCUCAAGCAAAACCAGGUGGAAUACGAGGGUCUCAAGCACGAGAUCAAGCGGCUGGAGGAGGAGACGGUGCUGCUCAACAGCCAGCUGGAGGACGCCAUCCGGCUGAAGGAGAUCGCCGAGCACCAGCUGGAGGAGGCGCUGGAGACACUGAAGAACGAGCGGGAGCAGAAGAACAACCUGCGCAAGGAGCUGUCGCAGUACAUCAACAUGAGCGACAGCAUGUACAACACCCACAUCAACAUCGCCGUGGACGGGCUCAAGUUCCCCGAGGACGGGGGCGGCGAGCCCAACAACGACGACAAGGUCAACGGCCACAUCCACGGCUCCCUGGUCAAACUCCAGAGUGACUACCGGCCGGCCGGCAGGAAGACCGACAACCCCGCCCUCGUCUCCGACCUCUUCAGCGAGCUCAACAUCUCGGAAAUGCAAAAGCUGAAGCAGCAGCUCAUCCAGGUGGAGCGGGAGAAAUCUCUGCUGAUGGUCAGCCUUGCGGAGUCUCAGAGCCAGCUGGAGCACACCAAGGGGGCCCUGAGCGAGCAGCACGAGAGGGUCCACAGCCUGACGGAGCACAUCAACGCCAUGAGGACGCUCCAGGUCAACAAGGACUCGAAGGCCGAGCUGGAGAACGAGAAAGGGCACGAGUCCGGGGAGGAAACCCACGACUACGAGGUGGACAUCAACGGGCUGGAGAUCCUGGAGUGUAAGUACAAGGUGGCAAUCACUGAGGUGAUCGACCUCAAGGCUGAGCUCAAGAGCCUGAAGGAGAAGUACAACAAGUGUGUGGAGACCUACACCGAGGAGAAGGCCAAGUACGAGGACCGGGUGCAGGAGCAGGACAAGCAGGUGAGCUGCCUGGAGAAGAUGAACAAGGAACACAACGAGAAGGUGUCGAACUUCGAGACGGAGAUCAAGUCGCUGACAGUCAUGGCCAACGAGGGCCACAACACGUUGAACACGGCGCAGGACGAGCUGGUGACCUUCAGCGAGGAGCUGGCCCAGUUGUACCACCACGUGUGCUUGUGCAACAACGAGACGCCCAACAGGGUGAUGCUUGACUACUACAGGCAGAGCAGGGUGACCCGAAGCGGCAGCCUGAAGGGCCCCGACGACCCGCGGGCCAUCCUGUCCCCCCGCCUGGCCCGCCGCGGCCUCUCCUCCCCGACCGUCGAACCCCGCAACUCCCCGGACCACUCGCCCAGAGAGGGGGGCGGCGGCAGCGGCGGGGGGCAGCAGAGUCCCACCAAGCCCGCCAGCGUCCCCCCCCCACCCUCCUCGCCCGUCUCCGACCCCGGUGACCUCCGCAAGGAGCCCAUGAACAUCUACAACCUGAACGCCAUCAUCCGCGACCAGAUCAAGCACCUGCAGAAGGCGGUGGACCGCUCGCUGCAGCUUUCCCGCCAGCGGGCAGCCGCCAGGGAACUGGCCCCCAUGUUCGACAAGGACAAGGAGGUGCUGAUGGAGGAGAUCCUCAAGCUGAAGUCACUGCUCAGCACCAAGCGCGAGCAGAUCGCCACCCUCCGCACUGUCCUCAAGGCCAACAAGCAGACGGCUGAGAUUGCCCUGGCGAACCUCAAGAGUAAAUAUGAAAACGAGAAAACCAUGGUGACUGAGACGAUGAUGAAGCUGCGAAACGAACUCAAGGCCCUGAAGGAGGACGCGGCGACCUUCUCGUCGUUACGCGCCAUGUUCGCCACCAGGUGUGACGAGUACGUGACGCAGCUGGACGACAUGCAGCGGCAGCUGGCGGCGGCGGAGGACGAGAAGAAGACGCUGAACUCUCUGCUGCGCAUGGCCAUCCAGCAGAAGCUGGCCCUGACACAGCGACUGGAGGACUUGGAGUUCGACCACGAGCAGUCCCGGCGUGGCAGGACCAAGCUGGGCAAGGUCAAAAUCGGCAGCCCUAAAAUUGUCAGCAGUCUGCUAUCUCCGUACCGCCCCACUGCUCACAACUAGACAGAGGAUGUGACUCAGAGACGGAAAGUCCUCAUAUAGCUCUCCAGGAAGAGCAACCACAUUCCAGAUCAAAGUGUGUCCCUCUCCGAUAUCUUUCCGAGACUCCUCCCCAUUCCUAGUCAUGCCACUGGAAGUUGUCCACUGGAGAAUGAAGCAGGAUUUCUCUGGCACAGUCGCACUGGCAGGAGGAAACACCCAGAGCCUCCCUCUGCAGCUUCACUGCUGAGCCCCCCACUCCUGCCGAAGGUGGUGGCAAUAACGAAGAGAGUGUUGAUCAACGAGGCACGUGAAGUACUGAGCAUUUGCCCGGAGAAAAAAACCCUCCUCCUUUGCUGCUUAUUUUCCCCUUUCCCCUCUCCCCCCACCCCCUCCCUACCCACCCCCCUCCUCCCUCUCCCCGUCAUCUCUUAUUUCAGGGUAUAGAAGACCAACUAACCUUUGUGUAACAGAAUAGCUUGGCUUUUGCCUCUGAAACAUAAGGAGAGAUCGGGGCAGAACAUUGCACCAAAAUAAUUUAUUUGUCAACAAUGGAUAUCAGAUCAUUCAGCAUCUGAGAUUACCAACAUGAAUUGACUUUGACGUGUGUUUCGGUGAUUUUUUGGCCGCAUGAGGUGAUGCCAUAUAUUUUGUACAGUUUGUCCAAACCGAUGUUUCAGUAUGUUAUUCACUUAAAUAUGUUUAUGAUUUUCCCCAUUUAAUUUAUUGGAUGAUCUUUGGAUCUUUGGUAGGAAAUUAUUACUUGGAAAUUAUGUUGCGAUUGUCUAAAAAGGGAGAGAGAGAAAAAAAAGGAAUUUUGACAUGAUUAGCAAUUCCUAGACUCUGCCAAGAGCGUGAGCUUAACAUCAAUUCCUCUUAACUCUCUGCAUUUCCGAUGCUGCAGAUCUGCUAUUUCAUUGUAUUUAUUUAUUCAAUUGUCCUCCUAUUUAUCAUAAAUGGAUGCAUUUUUAUUUGUACCGUUUCACAAAACAGAUUGCAAGAGUAUUUAUUUGAUGUUUGGGGUAGAUAGCAAACAGAGGUAGCUUGAUCUGCCACGUUCGGUUUCAAGAGGUUGAUACUAAUAUUAUUUAAUAGAUUUUGUUGCCUCCAUUACACAUUAACGGUGCUCCUGUUGAGAAAAAUAAAAAUCAGGGUAUUAUUGCCAGGAGACUAUCUUCUGAGACGAACUGACUAAAUCUGCCACAGUCAUCUUUCUACAUUAUGUGCAAGGGAAGAUUUAUCUGUCAGUAUAAUGUCUUAAAUGUGACAACUUUUACACCUUGUUAGAUAAACGUAUACAAGAGCCCCCACGGACUGGGUUUGAUGUUUGAAGUAUCAGGUUUAAAUCUGUAAUCACCACGGAUCAGUAUUAAUAGUGUUUAUGAAGUUCUUUGGGGCUGAGCAGACCCUGGGUUCCUGUGGACAAAAAUGUGAAUGGUAUAUAUAGUAGUUAUUGGAGAAGUAAUGGUGAAUGAUUAUUCCCCUACUUACACCCUUUCAACUGACACAGUUGAAGACACAUCAGAAUCACAUGAAACCAAGUCUUCUGCCAGAGAUGUUUACAUUUGUGUUUUCACAAUUGGCAAAAAGCUGAGCAUUCAUUGACUUGUGUUUUAACUUCUCUGACCGGCACAUUUCACUUUUUGCACAAUCCAUGCCCGGUUGCAUUACAAUACAAUUCUGAUUAAGAAUUACAAAUUAGGUUAGGUAGUUAAGCAACUUAUUCCAGGAUGCGAUUUUGAUUUACGCCUUUUCAUAAAACACGGUAUGCAAACAGUAUAUAUGCAAAUAGUAAAUAUGUUUGUCUAUAUCGAAGCAAUUUUGUAAUUGUUCUUUUCUAUGAACAAAAUAUCGGGUACGCAAUGCGUCCAAACCUGUUGCAUAUCCGUGUACUGCACUCAUUCUGGGCUAAACAUUUAUGGUGCUGAUCAACCUUUCUGUAAUGUGAAAGGAACUUCAGUCUAAUGGUCUAUUUUGUUAAAUGAAAGACUAUUCUCAGCACUGCCAUCAGAAGGCAAUGGAAUACAUCAUACCCAACUGGUAAAGAGUAUAGCGAAAUAAAGGGCAAUCAGUUAACAUAGGCCACCCAUCUUGAUGGGAGAUGAAGUAUUUGGGAAAACACUAUACAUUAACGGGCAAAUGGAAGAAAAAUUAAUACAUGAGAAACAAACUACACAAAAACACACGUUUAUUGGAUUUUGUGUUCAAAAUGUUAUACAGUUCCUGGUUUGAAAAGAUCUGCCUAAUUAAUCUUCCGAAAGCCCAUGCCCUUUAUGGAACUUCUACUAGAAAUACUGUUGGUUACGUUAGAAAUAAACAUUUGUGACCAAAGUAAGAAGCAAUUAAUCCAUUUAGAUGUUUUUGUGUAAGUUGUUUCAUAAGAAGUAUAUGCCAAUGUAAUGGGCCAUGGAUAAAGACUGCUUAAAUCAUUUGUUAUGCCCAGUUGAGAAAUGCAAUCUGAUCCCACUCCUCUUUGGACAGUCAGUAUCAUCAGAUUGGCCAAGAAACCUUUGAAGUGGAAAUUUAUUGAAAUAAUAAUUUCACUAAAUUUUGAACCCACCCUGAGUCAGUAAAUUGUUUAGCAGUUCUUCAGCUGGGCAGAGUGGGAAGUAAAAGUGGCAACAGGAAACCUGUAUUAUACUCCUCAGCAUAUCAGUCUUGAAAGGAAUACUCGUUAUGUUGCAAUCAGUUGGUAAAUAUCUAAUUUUUUAAAAUAAAAUCAAGUUUCUGCUGACCACUUGCAGCUACCAGCAUUGAAUAGGCAAAUUGUAAAUACCCUCUUUAAGUGAAUGCUGUAGCCAAUACUCUACCCUCUUUGCCUUCCCAUUGCAUUGACCAUGGCAAUCACCAUUGCCCUCAGCUACUAUCCUGUUGCUGUUUCUAGUAUGUUUGUGAGCAAUGAUGGAAAGGUCUGUACUUACUGUCACUGGUCCCAUUUGUUGAUAGCAUCGAUCACCACAACCACCAUCGCUCUCAGCUUCUAAUCCUAUUCCUUUCCCCAAUCCGUGUGUAAGCAAUGAUGAUAACGUCUACUCUUUUACCAUCACCGCUAGAACAUCCUUGGCAGGACAUCCUUAGUUAGCCUGGACUGCGAUCAAUUGGCGUUGAACGAAAUUCAAAGUCUGUGCAGGGUUGUUCAAAGGAUUGGGCAAAUGUCAUCGAUGUUAGUGUAAAGACCAAGCUGAAUUCAACUGAAGUUAAAAUAGUGCACAAAAUCUAUUUUUGUUGUUAUGUUACUUCAUGUGUAUUUUUAUAUUCCAACAAAAUAUAUUAGCGGGAUAUAUUUUCCAUAGUAUCCAGCUGGAAUGUUAAAUAAUUUUGACUAAACAGCAGGAUGUUGCAAAGUGGUUAAAAAUUACCCAACCUGUCAUUUAUAUUAUAAUAAGGACUAAAAGCAUUGCAGUAUUAAUGUUCUAUCGCUUAAUGUUUCUGGCACACAGGACAAGAUAACGGGCUACAUGUUUCUCUCUGGUAAUGUGAGCCACAGAGGAAAAUGUAUUUCUAUAUUAUAUUUGAAAAGCACACAAAAGGCAUUUAAAGAUAAAACAUCACUACUGCACUGAUGUCCUUUCCAGCAUUACUCUGGAAUCCAAUGACACUGGAUUCGUGAAUAUUUAAAUAGGAGAGAAUAUUGACAUUAGAAAGCUGAGGAUAUUGUUGUUUGCAUGGCAUUAGCUACUUUACAGUAAGGAUUACUUUUAGAAAUGAUCUAAUUACUUGUCUUCGAUGUUGAUGCUUCUGUAAUUGGUGAUCAAUAUCCCAAUUGGGAAACUUCAAAUUGGUGAUCGAUCAGCCCAUGUACCAUAAACCCAUCGCCAACCCUUCCCAGCCACUUGCUUAAAGUGGACAGCUAGCUCAAGAACUCUUGCUGGAAAUGAACACGUUGGGAAUGGAGCAAGGACUUGAUUUGCCUUAUCUUCUUUCGUCCCCCCCCCCCCCCCCGCAAAAAAACAGUUUCAGUUUAUGGUUUCAAUUAUCAGUCAUGUUGCAACAGUUGUACUUCGCCAGAGUGAUGUUGAGUUCUCAGGGUUGGCCAAGCAAUCCAUACUAGGCAAGUGUCAUUCCCAAUUCUGCUUUGGACAUGUUGAUCUAGCACAGAGAAAAACAGCAGCUCCAGAUAUAUCAUCUCAGCCUUUCCAUAACAGAUGUAGUAUUUUUAACGUGUCAUUUAAUGGGGACUCCAUUCUGGUCUUAAAUGAGACUAUUGUGUGUGUGUGUGAUUUUGUUUUUUUAAUCAUAGUAUCGUUUUUAAAAUAUAUACAUCUGCUCUGGCCCCUCUUACCUUGUUGUAUUCUAAAAAUGCUCCUCUGUUCACUUUCCGUGAGUUCUUGUAAACCAAUAUUAUUUUGCGGUUUUGCUCAUUGUUGCUAUAAAACUACCUUGCAUCCAAGGAUGGAGACUUAGAAUAGAUAGCGCAGACAACAGCAGGUUGUAUAAUGUAUGCAUCACUGCCUUAUGAAUGUACAAUCACAAACACACAAACUCAGUGUCUCACAUGAACACUGGCAACAAAGAAAUCUAUACAACUACGAGUUGUGAGAAAUGUCUUGAAAAUAUGACAACAUUUUGUUUUGUGUCUCCUUUUCAUUGCUGAAUACUAUUUAAAUGUCUGCGAGCUUCUAAUUUGAACCUUUUUUUUUUGCACUAUCACCACUUUUUAACAUUGUAAAGGUUUAAGUUUUGAGGCCAUCCAGAAUAAUGAUUUUUUUUUUUAAACUUUGCGAUCUAAUCGAUUAAGAUUUUAGCCUUAAAUAUUGAGUUCUUGUGUAUAAAAUAUACUUGAGAACUUUAGACAAUUGAAUCCAAACAGACAAGUCUCUUAUUUCACAGAACAGCUUGAUCUAGCUACUAAUUCACUGUAAUAUUGUCUGUCUGGAAAGAUAAGGCGGUGCUGGCUCGAAGGGCCGAAUGGCCUACUCCUGCACCUAUUUUCUAUGUUUCUAUAACAACAGUAUACUCCAUCAAAAUGGUGCCAUUUUACUUAGCCUGUCAAGGUAUUACAUUUUCGACAGGUGCUUAUUUAAUUUUCCUUAAAAAAAAAGUUGUUUCUCUCACUUGUCAGUGUAAAGCCAAUCAGAAUUCCACAAUGGACAGAACAUGUGCCGAAUACACACACUCUCCUGACCUCUGCUUCAGGGUCCCCAUUCAUAGCCCAUUGGGUAAAAGUCAUAUGUAAACUACAUGAGCAAACACACAGGCUAUCCCUCACAUUUGCCUUUGGUUUAAUACCAUGAGUGUCUUUAUAAGAACCUUGGUAGAUUUUAAAUCUUCCUCUCUUGCAAAAUGAGUUUUCUGAUCUGUUAGACCAGCAAACAGAAAAUAGCUUUCCCCAAAGAAUGGCGCAUACUAAAAAUGCUCUGAGAUGCAUACUGAAGCUCGGUCAAAUUUACACAGAAAACAUGUUGCUAAAAUAUGAGAUAAGCAAAGUCACAGCAACACCUGUGAACCAGAAUUAAAGUCUUAUUUCGUGGUCAAUGUACCCUCUACCCUAUCCAAGUGUAGACACGAGAUUCCACUUAGUAGCAAGAAAACUUGCAAUACCACGAGAAUCUUUGAUUUAUUGGUAUUGUCAUUAAAUUCAGCCAUAUUCAGAAAAGGAGAGGUUAAAAUCUCAGCAGUCUUCUUAAUCAUCGUUCAGUAUGAAGUCGGCUGUUUUGGGGGACAUUGUUAUAUGAAACAUGUAUUGUAACGGUUGCCUUCAUUGGAAAUAAAACCAUGUUGUGAUAUAUACUUCAACACAAAACCAGAGGUGGUUUGGUAGAUAGAUUACACCUUAACGUAUGCUAUGAUUCUCAGGUCAGUGGAGAUGAACAUUUGACAGAUCUCCAGGUGUUAAAAGCACUGAUGUCAUCUUAAGGUAGACCAAAAAUCUGUCUAUCUUUAAAUGGCAUCUAUUCAGGCUUCAAUAGUUUCUAUGCUGGAACUGAGUUUGACCUGAUCGAAGUCACUUAAGUGGAAGAGUCAAACGCUGCCUUGCAUUUGAACUCUGCUUUGGUCAACUCUGUCCAAACUCUCAGAGAAUUUGUUUUCCUAUGUGAUAACCUCCAGGCCAAAAUGUCAUCGCAUUAUUGCCCAUCCCCUUCUACAUUGCAGAAGUCAAUCUGCAGUCAUUUUCUGUUCCAACACAGAAUACCUGAAGUCUGAACUAUAAUUACAGAAGUGAUUUAUUUUUUUUUAUAACAUUAUUUGUUCCAUGCCUAUUUUGUGCCUUUUUGCAAUGUCAAUAAAGUCAUGAGUUUAAAUUUGCAUGUGCUAACUACCUGAAAAGCAGCUAUUUGUUUAACUAUUCUGAAAAAGAAAUCUUCAAAAGAAAAUACUAUUCUUCAAAAGAAUUGUCUAAUACACAUCGUCUAAAAGUGCAGAGAAGUUGAUGGUACAUCCUGUCCUGGCUGGGCAGAUGUCAAAUAAAUUCUUACACUUCCAUAUUCUUCAUAAAAUAUUCAUCUCCCUUACUGAAGUUUGUAAUUUGAAAUGUACAGUAACUAUUUGGUUGAUUGGUAGAAUUUAGGAAUGGUAUUAGUGGAUUGAUCCUUUGAAUUUAGUGUGUUUGAAUCUGGUCUGUGUACAACUGUUGGAUUUCUUCCCCUUGGUUUACAAAACAUGUAAUGGACGUAUUACUUUGUACUAAAAAAAAGAAAUGAAUUCCUAUAUUACUGUGUAUAUUGUUUAUGAGACAACCUAAGAUUCCCAGCUUUGAAAUUGGCUCCUUUUUUGUGUGACCUAGUUUGAAAUUAAUCCUAUCGUAGGGCGAAAAGCAAAAUCAGCCGAGAACCCUUUGAUCGAUUUGGAAACACAAAUCUGGAGCAAAAGCUGUCUCCUUUAUUGAGUGGAUGUGGGUCAAAUGGCUAGGCUGCCCAUUUCUGCCCUUGAGACGGUGAAGAGGCUACUGAAAAGCUUCAGAGAUGAAAAACAAAAGCAAUUAAUCUGUUUUUAAAUUAUUUCUUAAAAAGCAACAUAAAACAGUGUAAUGUAUUAUUGUUUCCAAUAAAGAGGAGACAGUUUGUUUCUUGUGAUCCUGUC